AAUUGUUAUGACUGACUCAUUAUGUGGAUGUAUUUUCUUUUUUUUUAAUCAAAUCAUUAAUUUAAUUCUUUGAAAUUAGUUGAGCUACUCUCCACGUGGUGUUUUGGUAACACUGCUGUUGUUGCUGUUUGAUCUAAACACUUGAUCUCUAAGGUUAUUAGGGCUUCCUGAAAUUUGGACAGAAGAAAAUUGAACCAGAGGACAAAUCUAUGAGAGAAAAAUAAUUCAAAGGCCUUUAAAAACCUAUGAAGUAGUUAAAAAAAGAAAGAAAAUCAGGAGGCAGGUGUGCUAAUAAAAAUGAGUGUGUAAGCGCAUUUGGUCUUAGCUCAUUAAUCCUGUCCCAUAUAGUUUAGAGGAAAGCUAUAACACAAGCUCCUUGCUUACACAUUGUUUUGUUCUUUAGAAAACGCAUGAGUUGCUACAAAUACCCGCAUUCACCUCAUGCAGGUAAACCUGUUGUUCUUCUCCCUUCUCCUGUGUCAGUCUGGCACACAAGUUAAGUGUUUGUAGGAGGGGUAUGUAAUGAAUUAUGCCUUCAGCUGUGCAGGUUUAGGUUGCUGCCUCUCUCCUCAGCGCUCACUCGCUGCCGGGGAAACUUGGGUAACAUGUGUGAGGGCGAUGGGCCAUGGGACUCCUGAUAAUAUGAACUGGGCUGUACUGCUGCAGAAUCUGCUGGUUGUGGUCCAACUACCACUGACCAUAUGUAGCACCGUCAGGUUUUCUAUCCCAGAGGAACAGAAGCCUGGUAUUCUGGCUGGUUCACUUAGUAAAGACUUUCCACCUCCGUACCAUCUCCUGACUCGGGAGUACUUGUGGAUGGACAAAAACACCGGCAAUUUCUACACCACUGAACAAAAGAUGGAUCGUGAAGUCCUCUGCCCCGAGGAGACAAAAGCUGAGGAAUGCAUUAUUCUACACAAUGCUGUCGUGGGGCCCUCAGGAGACCUUAUACAGUUUCCUGUGAUCAUAGAAGACAUCAAUGACAAUACACCUCAUUUUGAAAACAAUGAAAUACACCUGAGGGUGUCUGAGGACGCGACUGUGGGGACCAGUUUCUUGUUGGAUGGCCAGGCUCAAGAUCUGGAUGCCAGACAAAAUGGCAAACUGCAAUACCACCUAGGAGACUCUGAAGGAGUUUUCAGUUUAAAAGUCGAGGAAGACGGGCUUGUCAUCAUGCUGGUUGUGCAAACAGCUCUGGACAGGGAGACUCGGGACCUGUAUCAGAUUGCGCUGGUGGCCACCGACUGUGGCUCAGACCCUUUAAGUGCUACAGCAACUUUGAUAGUCACAGUGACAGAUGUUAAUGACAACUGUCCCAGCUUUAGCUCUCAGAGCCCCCGCAGUGUCACCAUCCCCGGAGACUCCCCAGAGAACAUGCUGGUCGCUCAGGUCAGAGCCACAGACCCAGAUUCAGGCCCGAAUGCUGCCAUCAUUUACUCCCUCAGUCCCAAAGUCUCCGAGCGGGCCAAGAAGCUCUUUAGCAUUGACAGCCUCACUGGGUACAUCAGACUAACACAGGACCUCCAGAGUGACAACCCAGAGGAGCUGCUGUUAAAAGUGUUAGCUAGCGGUCCUCACUGCUCCCCAGCAGACACUCAGGUAACCGUAUCCGUGCUCCCCAAGGCAAACCAAGGGCCGACGAUCAAGAUCGGGUUCAUAGCAGAGCAUCAAAAGCAGGCUAUGGUGUUACCAGAGAACCAGCCCCCCACCGUCUUAGCUGUUUUAGAGCUUGAGGGUGACAGCAGCUUUAAAAGCUCAUCACUUGCCAUUGAGAAUGAAGUACCUUUCACUUUGAGCCCACAGAAUGGCAAAUAUCUGCUUUCCACAUCAAAGCCCCUAGACUAUGAAAUGAAAAAUGAACAUCAAAUUUCUGUGGUAGUGCAUGGAAGAUCAGCUGAUGGGACUGCAAUCGCUCCUUCGAGGCGUGUGUUCAGGGUGAUGGUGACAGAUGUCAAUGAUAAUGCACCACGAUUCCUCCAGUCCCACUAUCAGCUGGAGCUGGAGGAAAACAACCAGCCUGGGUUGUGGCUGUUGAGGGUCUCAGCUUUAGACGCAGACAGUGGACACAACGGCAGGGUGACCUACAGGUUGGACAAACGCACAUCGACAAUCUUUAACAUUGACCCUGUGACCGGCCAACUGUCUGUGUCGGCCUCUCUGGAUAGGGAACAGCAGCAUGUACACAAACUCAUUGUGUUUGCACGAGAUAGCGGCUCUCCUCCCUUGGAGUCAGUGACCACAAUAUCCAUUCAUGUUCUGGACCAGAAUGACAAUGCACCUGUUUUUCCAACCCCGCACUUCAUCUUUUUCAUCCCUGAGAAUGUACCCCCAUUCACCCAGGUGGGGGGGCUGGGGGUAACAGACCCAGAUGAAGGAGAGAAUGGGAACACAGAGUUGCAUGUUGUAAAUAGCAGUAGACCUUUUGUUGUUGAUAACACCCACGGGACACUGUGCACCACCACCAACUUAGACCGUGAGACAGAGGACCACUAUGAACUCUACCUGCUGGCCAGUGAUAAUGGGCAUCCAGUCGCUUUGACUUCCACUGCCAGGGUAACUAUCUUUGUGGAGGACAUCAAUGACAACCAGCCAAAAGUGAUCCUUCCCAGCAGCAACUUCUCAUGCCUGACUGUCUCGCCAAAAAUCGUUGCAGGUACUAUGGUAACAAAGAUCUAUGCCACUGAUGAGGACUCAGGACUGAACUCUGAGAUUACAUACAGCAUUGUGGCACCAGAGCCAGUGCAAAACAGCAGCCCCUUUCGAGUGGAUCCAAGGUCAGGAAACAUUACUGUAGCUCAGCAACUGCUAAGGAAGGACCUGGGAAUGCAUCACCUGUUCAUUGUGGUCAGAGAUGGGGGGAGACCCGCUCCACUUUAUACCACUGUCUGGGUUAAUGUGAUGGUCAAUGAGAGCAUGGAGCACUGCCACUUGGACAGGGCACCCACAUGGGCAGGGACACUUGACUUGGUUCAAACUCCCUCAAAAGCCCCCAUCUGUGAUGUGGAAGACACCAAAUCUGCUGAGCUGAUACUGUUAGCAGGCCUGGGUAUGAUGCUGGCAUCCACAUGUUUGCUUGUGGUGACAGCAGUUUUAUACCUGAAACAAAGGAGAAGAAGUCUGCAACAGAACAAGCGGAGGCACGCUGAGGAGAAUGAGAUUCCACUCAGGCUCAAAGACAAAUGUUACACUGAUGACUAACAGAAUAAAACUAUGUGUAUAAUCCUCACUCCCACUGUGUCAAGAAUGGAAUCAGCCUGUGAAUUAAAGACAUUCUCAAUAUUUGUCAAAGGCUC